GCAGGUUAUGGUUUAAAACGAGCCGCGAGAGUAACGUGCUUGUUGCUUUUGUAAACACACUUGAUUGCAGAUUGGAAACGAAAAGACAAACACAAAUUCACCGAAGAUGGCUACCAUGAUUUUUGUUGACAAGGAAAACGGAGAGCUGGGUACAACUGUAGUUCCUAAAAACCGCACGAGGUUGCUGUCUGCUCCAGCCAAUACAUUUGGGGAGAAAGUCCUUCAGACUCCUCGUCCAGGGAAGGUUUUUGGUAUGGCUAAGCCCACCUCUGCUCGCAAGGCUCUGGGAACUGUCAAUAAGAUCUGCUCUGUUACUAGACCUGACUUUUCUGGGAACAAACAUAAGUCCAAGGUUGCUGCAAAGCCAACUGAAAAGGUUAAAGUUUGCAUACCGGUUAAAGAGCUUCAAGAAUAUCCAGAAAUCGAGAAAUUCAUUCCAUAUAAUCCAGUUGAAUUUGAAAGCUUUGAUGUACCAGAAGAUCAAAGAUUAAGCCACCUGUGCUUGGCAGGAUUGGCAGCUCCAACACCAAAGGAAGAGCUGGACAGUUUUAGUGUGUUGCACUCUUGUAUGAAAUGGUCUCCAUUGAAAUUCCAGAAAGAGAAUUUCUGUGCAGAAGUGGACUCCUUCUUGCAAACAGUCAGUCAGCUAACAAUAGAGCUGCCACCACUGGACCUGGAUCAAAGUUGCUGAGUUUGGUUUUGGCUGUCUUUAUGCUUGCUAAAUGGUUUUAAUUUGUAUAGUAUUUGUCAAUCCUUUUGAAAUAAAGACAUUUUACAAAAUCACUUUGUAAGUGGUUUAAGGCUUGUGCUAUAUAAAUGUUAAAUGGGUGUCCUGUGCACUAAGAGUUAAUUCAAGAGGAUGGGAUAUACAACCAGGGGUCUAACUUCUAGUAACAAGCAUGAAAGGGGCCUUCAACUUGGUAGGAAAUUGUUUGCUUGACGUCAAACAUUUCUUACAUUCACAUUGCUGAACAGUACAGGAAAUGUGCAAGUUUAAUUCUACAAUUUCUGAAUGUGUUCCACCCAGGUUUGGCACAAUAGUAAACUGGCUUGGUUUACAGGAGAUGGUGUACAGACUUAAUGUAGUGGAAUACCUUGUACAUUAAAAUGUACACCAAGUUUAAAACUUUUUUUUCAGGACACUUUGGGCAAAAGCCCUGUUAAAUGGCUGAUGGGCUUUUGCUGGUAAUGUCGUGAAAGGGGUUUUUUUUUUUUUUUUUUUUUUUUUGUGUACACUGCUGUUCUUAUUGGGUGUCAUUUUGCUUUUACAUCUAGAACCCCCUCAUUUUGCAGCCUUUGACUUCACUUUGUGGUUAUUGCAUGAUCACUUAAGAUAUACAAACUGAUUAAAAACACACUGGUCUCUUUGGGUUGUGCCUGAUGACCACAUUAAAACAUUACUGUGGGCUGCAAUUUGAGACUUUAGUAACAAAUUGUGUAUUGCAAUAUAAUUUGGAAUUUUAAUGCACUUGCUACAAAUUAAACAAUUCUAUAGGUGUGAAUUUUUUUGUAUAUUAAAUAAUUUAUAUAGCCAUUGCUUCAACUAAUAGUUGUUAAACUUGGACUUCUGACCAUAUUUUUAUCUGCUGAAAUUUUAA